GGCCAUUACCCAGCCCUAUUUCCAUACCUGGGGUGGUCAGGUAUGAAACACAAUAGCAGGCAAACAGUGUGCUGCAGCCAUGAAGGUGGGCAAGAAAGCUAGAUUAGCAGAAUUAGCAGCAUUAAAUGCUACCAAACCUAAAAAGCCACGACAAGCUUCUAAAAUAUUCUCUGACCAAAGACGGAGUAAAACACGGAUAAAUAUCGGCAAUGCAUUUAAUAGAUGGAGACAGCUCAGAUCCCAGAAGGAAUACAAGACGGAUGCGGAUCUGGCUGAUUUUCUCCUCAAAAGCGUUUCCCAGCCCCGGCCGCAGAAGGACAUGGCCGCCAGCAUCAGCAUCAGCAGCGGCAGCAACCAGCCCUUCUCCUUCCAGACGCGCCUGAGCUCCGUGAUGGAGGUGAUGACCCGCGCGCUCGUGCAGCAGGUCUGCGAGAUGGUGGACGGGGACCUGGCGCGUCUGCGGCUCGAGCUGGCGCGAGCCCUCAACGAGAAGGCGAGCAUGAGAGCGAAGAUGCAGGAGCUGGAGGGCGAGGUGAAGAUCCUGCGCAGCGCGAGGGCUGGAUCCCGCAGACUGACCAAGUCCCGCUCCGUCUGCGUGCAGACCCUGGAAGUGCUGGAUGCGCCGUCAAUCAAUGGUAUAUUUGGGAAGGACUGGUGCUCCAGUCUGUGGGAUGGAAAGGAGCCGACAGGAGAGAAGGAGGUUAUAGAAGUGAAGUCUGCUGAAUCUAAUGAGACUUUGGAUGACGAUGAUGAUGAUCGCAGUGAAAUCAAGGAGGAAAAUCCAGAAGAGGAAAUUUGUCCCAGCAGUACAGGAGCCGACAAAUCUGCAGUGUCUGCCAGACGAAAGAACCCUUCCUCUCUACCAGAGACUAACAACAAUGUUCUGGAAGUAAAUCUAAUUGAUGAUGACGACGACGAUGAUGAUGAUGACAGUAACAACAACAAUAAUGAAGACAACGAAAAUCCAUAUUUUAUGUCUGCAGGCUUUUUGGAGGUCCCUGAAGACCAGCCUUUGCCAGCUAGUUUCAAAGAAACAGACUUCACAAAAAUUAUCUCAGCAGACGGAACUGUUAAACACGUAAUAUUGCCAGCUGAGGAUCAGCUGCAGUUUGAAGAGCAUUGCAUACCAAUUGAAUACAUUGAGGGUGAGAAUGCAGACGCCCACUUGUUUCAGGAGCAGGAGGUGGGCAGAGCACAGGACCUGCUAAUGAACUCUGCUAAUGAAAACACGUCCAGAUUACGUGUUGGUGAGAACUUAAACUACUUUGGCCGACUUGAACGACAUAAGGCACCUUUAAGACACGGCGAGCCUGCAAAGCCAAGAUUCCGCUGCCAGGAGUGCGGCAAGAUGUUUUUGCGGCAAAAUAGCCUCAUUCUGCACAGGACGUCUCACCAGAAGCUGAAUUCUCACAGGUGCCACUCUUGCAAGGUGGUUUUCCCACAAAUGAACUUGCUCAGAACCCACAAGUGUAUGCCUCCUGACAAUCCAUCUCAGGUGCUGCUGAAUCAUAAGUUUAGUUGUGAGCACUGUGGCAAGCGAUUCCAUUCCAGAGCCAAUCUGAAGGUUCACUAUGCGGUGCACACCGGGGAGAGGCCACACACAUGCAGUUACUGCGGGAGGGGGUUCACCCAGAAAGGGAACCUAAACACCCACGAACGAAUCCACCGAGGAGAGAAGCCGUUCAUGUGUCUAACCUGUGGAAAACGAUUCACGCAGAAAGUGAACCUAAAUCACCACUUGGGGAUUCACGGUGGAAUUCUAACAAGCAAAACAAAGAAGACUGGUGAAAAACCAGAGUGACUUUACAUUUCACAUACAGCAAUAACUAAAUGCUCUCUUUACUCAACACUGUUUCAUUUAAGCUUACAUUUGUUGGUUGUACUAUUGUUCAAUACAAAAGAAGAGGAAUGUGAGAGUGUAGCAUUUAAUAGAUGACAAUAACCUGUGAAACUGAAGCUUUAAUAUCAACAUUCUGUUUACAGUUGUUUGUGCUGACUUAUAAAUACGUUUUCUGAAAUAAAUAGUAGAUUAUUUGCAUCAGUAGGACAGCCUGUUUGAACCAAACAUAAAAAUAUGAUGUAUUUUUGAGGAAUCUGUAUGCUGAUUCUGUAGGCCUAAUAUAAUAACCUGACAAAUAAACAUUUUUUUUGUAUUUAC